AUGUCCUCAAACAACCUGUGUGCACCCACCUCAUGUGGCCCAACCCCAUUGGCCAACAGCUGCAACGAGCCCUGUGCCCAGCAGUGCCAAGAGUCCACCUACAUCAUCCAACCACCUCCGGUGGUGGUGACCCUGCCAGGACCCAUCCUCAGCUCCUUCCCCCAGAACACCGCUGUGGGAUCCUCCACCUCUGCAGCUGUGGGCAGCACCCUCAGCUCCGAGGGAGUGCCCAUCACCUCCGGCAGCUCCUUGGGAUUUGGGAGCUUUGGUUAUCCCAGUCUGGGCAGCGGGUACAGCCGGCCCAACCGCCGCUACAACACCUACCGCAGCGGCUUCAAUGGGCCGUGCUAG